ACAUUAUAACGCCCAGAAGACCCGUAGACCUCUCUGGUACAGGGACUUCUCUUGGACUAUGAGAUAUCCCCCCCUCCAUCCCCCAAAAUUGCAGUACUGCUUAAACCCUAUAGAACCCCCCUGAAUCAGGAUUGUUUGAAAAGAGACCCUCAUGAAACUGUGGUACCUCUGAAACUCUAAAAUCCAGCCCCCUGACAUUGAGAAAUCUUGAAAAGAUUCCUUUGCAAACCUGAAAUCCUGGAGAGAAACCCUUUGAAGUCUGAAUUUAAAACCCAGAGAUUCCCCUUUCCAAAAUCUACAGAACUCAAAAGGUCAAAAUCAGAGAUCCAAAAGCCCAGAGAGCUCCUCUACCCAAAAGGAAACUGGGCUCUUCUGGAAAUCUCGCCACACCUAUCUCAUUGUCCUCAAAAUAGAGUGACACAUCUUUACAUAAUAUUCAAAUCCUACUAUGGAGGAAUAUGUGCAAUCAAAAUUCAAAUUUCAAUGUAGCACCCAGUUCUGCUUUUUGAAUGAGACACUAAUUCCCUUGGGCUGACAUGAAAGAUACAGACCACGGUUUGAAAAUGAGCAACAACAAGUUCUCACUUUUUUUGUCCACUGUUUAUCCCUCAACAAAUGCUUACAAUGCACCUAGUAAUUUAUCUUAUUGCAGUUUGUGGUUAUGUUUCUUAUUUUGCAACAGUGGCUACAUUGUGAGAGAGAGAAAGUGAGGGCUGCAGAUGCUGGAGAUCAGAGCUGAAAAUGUGUUGCUGGAAAAGCUACAUUGUGAGAGAGUUUGGUUGUAGAGUGAUAUGGGGUAUUGUGAUGUUGUCAGUUAUACUCUGUAAAUGUGAUUGCUUUUUAGUUAGCAGCAAAUUUGGUUUAUUGUGAGGUCAUUGAAUAAGAACUUUUGAGUACUGCACUGGUGUGUUCUAGUUUAUAUGCUGAAGAUGAUGAAGUUAGAUUUACGGCAACAAUCUUCUGAUGCAGAGGCAAGAAGUGAUCUUGUUGAAACAUUUUAUUGUGAGGACUUGACAGGUGCUGAGGCACUGUUUCCUUCACCUGAAGGGUCUAGAAAUAGGGAACCAUAGCGAUCAUGGAGAGUUAUUCAGGCUGAAGAGUUGUGAACAUUUGCAGUUUUCUGUACCAGAGAGCUGUGGAUGCUUCGUCGAGGUUAAGAGGGACAGACUUUGAACAUUAAGGGAUUGGAGGGAUAUGAAAAUCAAAUGGCAGAGCAGGUUUAAGUAACUGGGCAGCCUCCAGCAUCUCCUGUUUUCUUGUGUUUUCCAGACCCAUCAUUGAAUCACAACUGAAAUUGUCCAUUUCUAUGAGUUCACAAGUUUUAAAGCAUGAGGAAUGAGGAACCUCUAGUAACUCAGUUAGUAAAUUCCAGAAAAAAAUUACUUUCUCUGCCUGUGAGAACAAUUUUUAAUUAAAAACAAACAAUGCUGGAGAUCACACCGGGUCAGGCAGCAUCCAUGGAGAGAAAGCAAGUUAACAUUUCGAGUCUAAAUGACUCUUCAUCAGAGCUGCAGUAAUUUUUAAGUUUGGACCACUAUAACUUCUCAUUAGUCAAUCCACUGAACAGCCGCUGAUUUAAAAACAGAAAGUUGUCAUGUCAGGUAGUGUUCUUUGGAGGGAAAAGCAGGUUUUCUUUCCAUGAUUAUAUACUUACCUUCCUAUCUAAUCUCCUGCAGACCACAGUUGAAUGUUUGUGUUUUGUGUAUAUCCUAAAUUUUAAUUGCUCCAGCAUUCAUAGCAAUGGCCUCAACUCUGAAAUAUCCUCUCUACACCAGUCCGCCUUUCCACAUCACAUUCCUCCUACUAUCCGACUUGAUACCUCUUUGGAUGGCUGUGUCGUUGUGCAAAUUUUCUGCUUCGUGCUAAGUUUUAGGCAAGCACAAAAUACAGGGAAAGAGGGGAAUAUAGAAGAAGAGGGAAGUUGCUGAAUUAAGUUUCAUUCACAGUUGUGAAUUGACCUGUUAAUUGGAUUCAAUUCUUGCUUCAAGGCAAGGGGCUAGGGAUUAGGGUUGAGCGUAUGUGCCUAAAAUCAUGUCAGUUAACUUGUUGUAAAAUUAUGCAAUGUUAUGGCACAGGCAGAAUCAGUUUGCACCUGAACUAAUCUUCAAACACAGCAUUUUACAAAAAGCAAAUAACAACAGCAAAUUAAGAUGAUUCUAUAGAAUGUGCAGUUUCCUAAAAAUGUAUUUUCAUAAGACAAAGACCAUUUUUAUAAAUCUCUGACAGAUGUCUCUUUAUUGGUAUCACAAAAGUCUGUUUUUUUGUAUUUAUUACAAAAGCUAUUCCCACUGAAGAAGAUACUGAAAGUAUGGUUACUGUAGCCUGGCCUGGAGUCGUGUUGGUUUGUGGCUUAAUGACAGACUCAGAUGGCUGGAUCCCAUGCUGUUGUGGGUCUAAAUCCUGAAACUGGCUGCUAUUUUGAGUGGGUUGAUUUAUUAUGCAUUAAAUCAAGUGGCUGACGUUGAACAAGUGGCUUGUUUGUAUCACUUAAAGUUGGGUUAAAAUGACGGGUGGUGCUGUUGCAAUUCAUUAAUUUUUCGCUAGACACAUUCUGAGCUGUUUCCUGUGAUGACUUCAGGUAGAUCGGGAAGAACAUAUAACUUUAGAAUGUCUGCAUGUCAAAUGUAAUGAUACUAUUUUUAAUUAAUGUGAACUGUCUUUGAAGUUGAAGCCUCGUCUUUAUUGACUCUUUUACAAGUAAAAAUCAUUCAGCAAACCUUAGUGACAUUUCUAUAGCGUUAAACAAAAUAUUUAAUAUUAGUGAUGUCCUUGGCAAUAUUUUGUUAUGCCUGGUUGCAAGACAUGACAAGGCCCAACAAAGUGUGGGACAGAACUUAUCUCGCACUCCCUCCCACUCCUUUCUCUACUCACAACACAGCUCUCUUGUGAUGGUAUUUGGCAACCGACAUUAACCUGUGAUAUUCAUGGGGAUAAGUUUGGACAGAUCAAAGAUCAGACAGAUACGAUCAAAUUUUCAUCUCCUCUGCUGUAAAUUGCUACAAUUCAACAUCAGCUGACAGUCUGCUUGCUCGGCGGUUGGAAUUUAUUUUUGUCCUUCAUCAGUAUUAUCUGUCUUGUAAUACUUCCUGUGAAAGCAGCUGCUGCUUGUGAUGCUCUUUAUUCCAGUCAUUUCAUUUGUACUGCUUGUUCUAGCAGCAAACUAAGAUGUUAUAAUGUAUUAGAGUGUAGAAAGUUAGUGAGUUGUUUAUUACCAGAAGGGAAAGCAUAUUCUUGUCAACUGUGUACAUAAGCAAAAGAUUGGAGGAGAUUUAUUCAUGAAUAAAAUAAUUCAAAUAAAAUAAUCUGCAACAAAAUGAAAUGCUUGUGUCUGAAUAGCACUUUACCAGACCUUAGGAUGCCCUAAAGCUCUUUAGACCCAGCAAAGUAUUUUUGAAAGGAAGUAAUUGCAUUGUUGGAAGUACAGCAGCCAUUUUGCUCCCACAGUGUAAAGCUCUCAUUUUUGUGAUGUUGCUUGAAGGAUAGUUACAAGACACCAACUCACUGCUCUUCUUCAAAAUAGUGCUAUAGGAUCUUCUAUAUCCACCUGAGAGGGCAGAUGAAACUUCAGUUUAAUGUCAAUUUAAUGGCAUCUCAAUGGAUUGAGCAAUCUCAGUGCCAUUCAAUUGUCUCAACCUAGAUUUUAGUGCUCAGGUCUUCGAGUUGGAGUCGCACCCGGUACCUUCUGAUGUUGUUGAGAGUAUUGCCAACCGAACAAUUGUAUAACAAUUGAACAAUCAUGGUACUUCAAACUUUCUGGCCUUUUUUUGGUCUUUGUCAUUUCUUUUUAGCUUGUCUUGAGUUUGUUGUUUCAGUACUGAGAAUCUUUCCAGUCACCUUGUGGCAUACAAGAAAGUGGAAUGGAUGCUGAGAGUACAAUGAGCCCUGACCCAUUGAAGGUGAGAGAAGAGGCUUUCAUUUAGAAGCCUGGUCCUCUGGGAGGAACAAUCAUUGUAUCACUCAAUACCUUCUGGCUGAAGACCCAUGCUUUCCUAGCCUCUACAAUACAGUCACAGAGAAGGACAGUAACAAAAUGUGGAUAUUUAGGUGAAGCAGCGCAGCAGGACCGAUGGACAAGAGCUACCAAUGAAAGCUAGCCCUGCUGCUUACAUUAAGGAUUUCAGUGACCCAGUCUACAAAGAAAUUGCUGUCACAAAUGGCCAUAUCAACAGAAUGACUCGUGAUGAACUUCGCACAAAGCUAGCGGAACUCCACCUGGAAACCAGGGGAGUGAAGGAUGUACUGAGAAAGCGAUUAAAAAAUUACUACAAGAAGCAGAAACUGACUCAGACAUUGCUAAUCAAACCAGAGUGUUCUGAUACGUAUUACGAUUACAUCUGUGUCAUUGACUUUGAAGCAACAUGUGAAGAGAACAACCCACCAGAAUACUUGCAUGAAAUUAUUGAAUUUCCCAUUGCCCUUGUGAAUACCCGCACCCUCGAAAUUGAGGAUACAUUCCAGGAAUAUGUCAAACCAGAACUGAAACCCAAGCUGACAGAAUUUUGUACCAAACUCACAGGCAUCACACAGGAUAUGGUUGACAAAGCAGGGAGUUUUCCAGAUGUUCUUCAGCAAGUGGUUAACUGGAUGAGAGAGAAGGAACUUGGAACCAAAUGCAGAUAUGCAGUACUAACUGAUGGCUCCUGGGACAUGAGCAAAUUCCUCAAUGUUCAGUGCCAUCUUAGCAGCAUCGAGUAUCCACAGUUUGCAAAGAAAUGGAUUAACAUUCGAAAAAGUUAUGGUAACUUCUACAAGGUUCCCAGGACUCAGACCAAACUCGCCUCUAUGCUCGAAAAGCUGGGGAUGAAGUAUGAAGGGAGGCCUCACAGCGGGCUGGAUGAUUCCCGAAACAUCGCGCGCAUUGCUAUACGAAUGCUCCAGGAUGGAUGUGAGCUGCGAGUGAAUGAGGGGCUGCAAGCAGGGCAGCUGAUGAAUGUACCAAAUAGCUCCCCACUGGAGAGUGCUCCUCCUCCAUAUUCAUCAUGGCAGAAAAUAUAGUCACCAUAAGAAACAAGACGGGAGCAAGCUGGAUUCCAAUAAGCCCAGUCAGUUUAAGAGAACACAACAUUGUGACUACUUGCUGGCAGCUGCAAAAGACUCUAUUGUUUUCUUUAGAAACUGACUCGUUCAAAAGCACUGGCAGAAUUUUGUGCCACAUUUUUCAAUUAAGUCAUAGGAUUGCAUGUUGCAUUCCAAUUGUGCUGUGAGGCUUACUGUACAGUAUAAAAUGCUGAAAGGUGUGGGGGAUGAGAACUAGCCAAAUUCAGCUUAAUCCUUUAGAACCACAAUUUUAAUUAAAACAAAACACCUACAAAAGCACUGAUGUAUAAUAAUCCAGCUUUGCCUUUUUAUAUCUCAUUGAGUAAACUUUUCAAAAGUAUUGUGAAAUUAUCACCUUUAAAGAAAAAUGCUCUUAAUUAAUAGUUUGUCAUAUGCAUCCUAAGGUCAUAUGAAGUCUGUCUUAUCUAAAGGAAACCAAGAAUCAGCUUUAUGCAGUCUUAAGCUCAUGACAGGGAUAUUUUUGUUUAUCUGAUUAGAUUGAUGGCCCAGCAUAAUUCCUGUGCCAUGCUAAUUUGCCAAAAUAAAUGCAGCCCAACUUUAUUGGGUUUGACUAAUAAGCAGAAAAUUUCAAUGUGGUAAUUUGCUCCAUCAAACAUGGUGGUAACCUGCAUUUUUCAUAGUCAUUUUCCUUACUCUCUGCCUCAAGGGAACUUGUUCUCUUUUCUCUCUCUCACACAACUCUACGUUUAAUUUUGUACUAAUUUAAAAUUUCUAGCAAAUUAUAUCCAUGACUUUUUUAUGCCAAUUGUUUGAACAUGUAGAUCCAGCUAGAAUUUAUACUGCAAUGCUUAUUAGAUUUUUAAAAUACAAUAUUUAUUUUUCUUUAUACAUCACUUACCAUACUUUAAUAUUUCCCUUACCUUCUAAAGGAGACAGAAAUAGCAAUUAAAUUUCCUAAGACAGAGCCACUCUGUACUUGUUCAAGAGUAAUGAAGGCUGUUACACCUUUUGAACUUUCCAUCAAGCAAGAGCUCACAGGAGAGAUUCUUCCCCCUUGUUACAAAUGUGUAUCACUUUACAGUGCCUCUUAAUUGUAUUAACUAUGGAGAUAAGUUUGACUGCUCAUUCUCAAAGGAUGGAGGUGCAGGGUCAGUGUAAAGGGGCAUAACAUUUCUUCGGUCAACAUUGUUCCAUGAAAGGAGUGUGGAAUUUAUCUGUCGUUUCAUUUCUCCAUGUGAAAGUUUCAAUAGAUUGGGACUUGUUCAGUGCCUUUGUUUGGAUUUGUUGAUUAAAGGCUCAUUUUCAAAAGA